AUGAACGCCGAGCUUGUCCGGCGAUACGGGCCUGGCAUGUCCUUCUACCGGUCUCACCUCCAGUCACCCGGCUUAACUCAACCUGACAGCAAUUCCACCAACAGAUACUCCGCGACUCUGCAUACCCUAGAAACGACCAAUGAGAUGCUGAUCAAUAAGAUCGGCAAGCUACGAACGAACACUCAUCGACUCCGACACGAUCUGAUGAACCUGGAACUGCACGUGAAAGCAUUCAACCGCGAGCUCUUGGCAACCUGGCAGGCAGACACAUUGACGCGACUCAUCGAGGUUAUAUAUGAGCGCCACGGCUGGAAGUUCCCCGGCAGGGUUGCCGUUGGCGACCACAUCUACCUGCCCCGUGAAACCCUCUCCACAUUGUACUUGAAGGCCCUAGUGAGGAUCAAGAAGGAGACGGUCACGAAGAGGUUUGGGCUGCCGAUGCGGUACUGGCAUGCUCUACAGAGAUACCAUGAAGUCGCUCAUCUACGGAGCACCAAUCCCAGCCGGACGGAGAACAGCUUCGCUCGAUGGUUGGUCUCCGUGAAAGAGGAGAAUCGAGGGGCGUAUCGAUUCUGGGGGCGAUUGUUUCCUCUCUGCUAUAACAACCGGUCCGUCGAGCAGAGUGCCACUAUCUUCUGA